AUGGGGAAAAUUGGUAUUUCAAAGAAAGGAAAAGUGGAUAAGAUGGUGCAAAAAAGACGUGUUUCAUGUGCUAAUAAAUACCAUAUCAGAAUGACGGGUUCAAGUAUCAAACAACGGCCAGUUGGCAAACACAAAGAAAUUCAUGAGGAGCCUGUCCAAGUGAAGAAAUCAAAGUACUGGGAUCCUUUAACAGAAGGAGUCAAAUGGAUAGAAAAAUAUGGUGACUCCCUAGAGAAGUUCUUUGAAAAACUGCCAGAGUUCCUAAGUACCUUUAUUGCCACCUUAGCUAUAUUCACAUUUGGAGCUACUUUAAGAGGAGAAUGGGUGGUCAUCCUGGUGACAGCUUUAAAACAGUUGACUGGCCAAACUCAGACGAAUGUCAACACAACAACAGAUCUUCUAGAAUUAUUCACAUCAAGGAACAUGAAGAUGGAAAACUUUUUGUUCAUAUUCAUUGGGGCUCAUAUUGUCUCCAUGAGCAUGUAUUUCUUGAUCGGAGGAUUCUUACAUUGGUACUUCUAUGUAAAAAGGAGGCAUAUAGCAAAAGAGUGGAAAAUACAGCCUGAAAAGUGGUUAUCACCAGAGCUCGAGCGACAUGAGAUUAUGGUGGGCACCUUAUCUUUGAUCAUCACGGGCAGUUUCUCAGCAUUCCUCGCUUGCUACAUCUUCAAUGGAAACCCUUCUACUGUGUACUUCCAAUUUGACGAAUACGGCUGGUGGUGGUUCUUCCUGCAGUUCCCUGUUAUCUUCCUUUAUAAUGACUACACCACUUAUAUUCUCCACCGCAUGUACCAUACUCCAUGGUUGUACAAGCACUUCCACAAGUUGCACCACAAAUAUAAGCAGCCCACCGCUUUCUCUGUUACCGCUAUCCAUCCCGUUGAAAUAAUGCACGUUCAGCUCACUAUGUGCUUGCCGCUGUUCUUCUGUCCCGUUCACUGGCUUCCAUUCUACAGCAUCGCCAUAUACGUUUACUACCAUGGAAUCAUUGAUCACUCAGGCAUCAACUUUAAAGCCCAGUGGUGGCAGCCUUGGCAGCCCGACGCUGAUUUCCACGAUAAGCACCAUGAGUUCUUCCAUUGUAACUUCGGUUUUAACAUGUCUAUAUGGGAUAGACUACAUGGUACGAUGAGAAAGAAGAACCUUGUCUAUACUGAAGAGACGUUCCACGGAGAAGCGCCAUCUGCCAGCACAGAUAAAGGAAAAGCGAUACUCGCACAGAAUCCUGAGUUAUUAGAAAGUCUGGAAAAAUAA